AUGCCUUCCCCAUGCCCUGACUGGGUGAUGGUGGCAAUGUGACAGCGGGCUGUGAUCACAUGGCCGUGUCCCUCUCACUCCCCCGCUCCCCCCCAUCCUUCCCUCCCUCCCUCUCUCUCUCUCUCACACACACGGACAGGCACACACACUGACGGGCGGAUUUAUAACUCGCUCCGCGGGAGCACAACCUGGAGCCGCUGCGGCACAUUGAGCCAGGGAGAGAACCAAAGGGAGAGCAGCGCUUGUGAUGGAGCGGGCAGCCAGACUGUACUAACCCGGGGCUCGGGCUGCUCUCAAGCUGAUAGCCAGGACAGAACAUCAGAGCUGACUGUAGGAUCAGCAGCAAGUGAAGGGAAACUACACCUGGGGCUUGAGAGCACUGAUGGGCAGAGAAUUUGCACCAAACGUUCUUUGACAUGUGAUGUGCCCCAAUGGAUUUGGCGCUGGGGUGUUCGGAGGAGGUGAUGCUGCCAGGCCUGCUGAAGUUUUCCAUCAACUUUGUUUUUGUUCCUGUUGGACUAUGACCUGGUGACGUGUGAUUUCUGACCUAGAUCAUAGAGGUCGUGGGUGUGGAAGGAACUGAAGAAAAAGCAUAGUGGUGACAUUUGAGUGAAAACUAUCUUAGAUCUGAGGGCAGUGCGCAAUGGCCGGAGAUUCCAGAGUGCUCCCAAACAAGGACAUGGACAUAGCAGCAACUGCAAGAGAGUCGAAGAAGUUACCCAAACAAGCACGGGACAGCAUCUUAACAACAGACAGGACAAGGCUCCUCACUGAGCCCAAGAAAAUCAAGCAAAGGUAUGUUGACAAGGACGGGAAGUGCAAUGUCCACCAUGGAAAUGUCCAGGAAACCUACAGAUACUUCAGUGAUCUGUUUACCACAUUGGUGGACCUCAAGUGGCGAUUUAACCUCUUAAUCUUCACAUUGGUCUUCACUAUUACCUGGCUGUUUUUCGGAUUCAUCUGGUGGCUUAUAGCUUACAUCCGGGGAGACCUGGACCAUUUGGGAGACCCAACAUGGACUCCUUGUGUGGAUAAUUUGAAUGGGUUUGUGUCUGCAUUUCUGUUUUCUAUCGAAACAGAAACAACAAUUGGCUACGGCCACAGAGUUAUAACUGAGAAAUGCCCGGAGGGGAUUAUCCUGCUCUUGGUCCAGGCCAUCCUGGGAUCAAUUGUGAAUGCUUUAAUGGUUGGCUGCAUGUUUGUGAAGAUUUCCCAGCCAAAGAACCGAGCAGAGACCCUCAUGUUUUCCAACCGUGCAGUCAUAUCUCUCCGAGACGAUAAGAUGUGUCUCAUGUUCCGCGUUGGCGAUCUUCGUAACUCGCACAUUGUGGAGGCAUCCAUCCGGGCCAAGCUCAUCAAAUCCAGACAGACCAAAGAAGGAGAAUUCAUACCCCUCAACCAGACUGACAUCAACGUGGGCUUCGACACUGGGGACGACCGCCUGUUUCUGGUGUCGCCGCUGAUCAUUUCACAUGAAAUUAAUGAGAAAAGCCCCUUUUGGGAGAUGAGCCGAAGUCAACUGGAAAAGGAAGACUUCGAGAUUGUUGUGAUUCUCGAAGGAAUGGUGGAGGCGACAGGAAUGACAUGUCAGGCCAGAAGCUCGUACUCUGACUCGGAAGUUCUUUGGGGACAUCGAUUCAACCCUGUGUUGACUUUAGAGAAGGAUUUUUAUGAAGUGGAUUAUAACAGUUUCCACGAAACCUAUGAAACAAACACCCCCGACUGCAGUGCCAAGCAAAUGGCAGAGAUGCGGAAGGCAGGCCAGCUCCUAUCAGAGCUCUCGUUGCCACACCAUCCCAGUCAGGAUGAUCGGGUGCAGGAGGAGGAAAACCCUGACGGAGAAGACCUAAUCAGUACAAACAACCCUGUUGCCGAGACAGAGGAAUUGCUGCCUUUCUCUACAACCGAAGACUCUGAAUGUUGUCCAGGGUUUUCAGCUAAGUUUAUACAGGGACUGGAAGAAGCACAGAAACUCUAGUGAGCUGGGGAUUCCCCUGGAUGCCACUGUUCCAUGACUUGUUGACCAAACUAGUGAUUAAUAACAUAAGCAGAACAGGGUGCAAGGUGGAUGUGUGCACAUAUAUUUACAUAUGGAAGCUUAACAUUCUACCGAUCAUGUACAGAUUGAAUUAAUCAGAGUAGGACCUGGACUAGCAUCAUUUGUACCUAAAGAAUAAAUGUCACCAUUUCACUCUGUACCUGCUGAUUUAUUACUGGUUACUCACUGUAUGUUUUACCUGGGGCUGUUCCGAGAUGGCGAGUAUCAAAUGGAAAUUGAAGAGCAGUCCAAAGCUGGGACUGGACACAGAUACAGAGCAAGUUCCUCGAGGGGGUCUGGUUUACUCUGUGCCAUUUGCAACAUCCCUACCAUUGAUACCAGAAUCUGCUCUUUACACUGAUUCUACUUAGGUUCUGAUGGUGGCACAACGGGCAUUGACAGGAUAUAAGACAGGAAAGUGUUCCCCCUCUUUCUCCUUGGGAGAUUGGGUGAGUGAGCUGUGAUCAAAUCUAUGGGUCACCACCUCCACCUUCCCCUCCCCUCUCAGCCACCUUACCCCUCCAGUUCUAGAAGUUGUUAAUUUUCUGAAUGAUUCAGUUUGUUGUUGACCUUGACUUGUGAUAGUAGACCCACAUGCACCUCUUACUGAGAUAAUGGGAACUGCAGAUGCUGGAGAAUCCAAGAUAACAAAGUGUGGAGCUGGAUGAACA